CUAUCAACAUGCGGGUGAGAUGCGUGUGUCGACUGUAGCUAACGUGUAAACUGAGGACUUGGGACAAUUUGUCUAUCGGAGUCGCCUAACUAUAAUCGGUUUGGAUUUGUGUUACCCGAAUAAUGGCGAAUAUCAACUUCAACUUCAAAACAAAUUACGCUGUUUCUAGUAAGAUUGAGCCUUUCUACAAAGGAGGAAAAGUGCAGAUCAGCAAAGAUGAAAAAUACAUCUUUUGCACAUGUGGAUCCCGUGUCAAUGUUCUGGAGAUCAGCACCGGGAAGAUAAUCCACAGUGUUGAGCAUGAUGAUCAAGAGGACAUCACAUCGUUUGCACUUAGCUGCGAUGAUGAGAUUCUCGUAACAGCCAGCAGAGCUCUUCUGUUGAAGCAGUGGGACUGGAGGAAAGCGCAAUGCACGCGCUCCUGGAAAGCCAUCCACACUGUUCCCAUAGCCAGCAUGACUUUUGACUCCACCUCCACUCUCUUAGCCACAGGUGGUUGUGAUGGUACGAUCAAACUUUGGGAUAUUGUCAAGCAGUACUGCACCCACAACCUUAAAGGAUCAUCUGGGGUUGUACACCUGGUCCACUUCCACCCUGACAUCGACCGGCUGCAGCUCUUCUCGUCCUCCCUGGACUGCGGCAUCCGUCUGUGGGAUCUGCGUACAAGCAAGUGUGUGUGUGUGCUUCAGAGCCACUACAGUGCCGUUACGUCUCUCAGCUUCAGCCCCGAUGGUGACACAAUGAUCAGUUCUGGCAGAGAUAAGAUCUGCACAGUGUGGAACCUGAAGAGUCAGACAGUGAAGAGAACUGUACCUGUUUAUGAGGCUGUGGAGGGUGUUUUGAUCCUCCCCACAAAAACAGACCUCUCUCAAAUUGGAGUCAAGACAAAAGACCUGCAUUUCAUCACAGCUGGCAGCAAAGGGGUGUUGAGAGUGUGGGAAGCCAGCACGGGCCGCUGCGUCUACGUCCAGCCACUGCACUCCACCCUCAGCCCGCCCUCUGAAGAUGAGGAGGAGAAGGACGACGACCCCCGUGGUCUGACGUACCUGCUCGACAUGCCCGCCUCUGCCAGGCUGGCCACAGUUACUGCAGAGCACAACAUAGUGCUCUACCAGCUACCUGCUCUCAGCACACAGCAACAGUUUGUGGGCUACAAUGACGAGGUGCUGGAUGUAAAAUUCUUGGGUAAAAACGACAGCCACAUUGUGGUAGCGACCAACAGCUGCCAGCUGAAAGUCUUUGAGCUACUCACUAACAGCUGCCAGAUCCUCUAUGGACACACGGAUACAAUCCUCUCAUUGGAUGUGUUUAAAAAAGGCUUUGCUUUUGCAAGCUGUGCAAAGGACAGAUCAGUGCGUGUGUGGCACAUGGACGGUGAUAGCGGCCACGUCCACUGUGUGGCACACGGUUCCAGCCACACUAAUGCAGUGGGCUCCAUCACCUGUUCCAGGAUGAAAGCAUCUUUCAUAGUGUCUGGCAGUCAGGACUGCACUGUAAAGGUGUGGGAUCUCCCUGCAGACUUGUCUGCAACAGAUGUCCAUCAGCUGACUGCACGUGUCACAGAGAAAGCGCAUGAUAAGGAUGUCAACAGCGUUGCCGUUUCACCCAACGACAAGCUGCUGGCAUCCGGCUCACAAGACCGCACAGCCAAGCUGUGGUCCUUGGCGGGUGAGGGCAGCAUCGGCCUACUUGGGGUGUUUCGGGGCCACCGGCGAGGCGUUUGGGCCGUCUGUUUCUCACCCGUCGACCAGGUGCUGGCUACCUCCUCCGCAGACGGCACCAGCAAGCUGUGGGGCCUUCAGGACUUUAGCUGCCUCAAGACGUUUGAGGGGCACGACGCAUCCGUGUUGAAGGUCAUCUUUGUGAGCCGAGGCACUCAGCUGCUUAGCAGUGGCUCAGAUGGUUUGGUAAAACUAUGGACCAUCAAGACCAACGAGUGCGUGAAGACCUUCGAUGCCCACCAGGACAAAGUGUGGGGUCUCCACGGCAGCCACAAAGACGACAAGCUGGUAACCGGGUCAGCCGACUCCAACAUCACUGUGUGGAUGGAUGUGACAGAAGCAGAGCUGGCAGAGGAGCAGGCCAAGCAGGAGGAUCAGAUAAUGAAGCAGCAGGAGUUGUCUAACCUGCUCCAUGAGAAGAAAUACCUGAAAGCUCUGGGCCUUGCCAUCUCGUUGGACCAGCCGCACACGGUGCUGUCUGUAAUUAAAGAAAUCCGUCAAGACCAAGAUAGUUAUGAGCUUCUGGAGAAGACUGUGCUCAAACUUAGACCGGAUCAGAAAGAGUCACUCCUGCGUUACUGUUCGGUGUGGAACACCAAUGCUAAGAACUGUCUGGAUGCCCAGGCCGUCCUCAGGGUGCUGCUUACGCACCUUCCACCUGAGGAGAUGCUGCAGUACCAGGGAGCCCGCACUCACCUGGAGGCCCUUAUACCCUACACAGAGAGACACAUGCAGAGGAUCGGCCGUCUUCUGCAGGCGUCCAUGUUCCUCAACUACAUGUGGCAGAAGAUGAGAGUAGCUGGUGCGCCAUCCAGCAUGGACCAACAUGAAGAAAUGGACACAUCGCCACUGGGCUCUGAGCCUGUGUUUAUGAUUGACAAGGGCCCAGGAAAGGACGGCGGCCAAGACAAAGACGCAGACGAUAGCGGAAGCGACGACGAUCCCUAUUGUCCGUUUGAGGAGAACGGGGAAAAGGAGGGAGAGAAUGACGACGAUGAAGAGGUGAGCGCCACCAAGAAAGCCACCACAAAUGGCAGCCACCCUGCUGAGAGCAGUGAGGAGAGUUCUGAGGAGGAUGAAGAUGAGACGCGUGAAACGACGGUGAAAGCUGUGAAGUGUGUCGCAACUUCCUCCCCCCCACAAUGCUCCAUUUUCACAAGCUGACUGCCACAAUCUUGUUGGCUUUUCCAAGGCUAUUCACAUGUGGAAUGGGUUUUUCCGCUAACACCGCUAAAUUAUGCGGAGAGCAGGAAGAAGAAUUCACACAAACAUGCCAGCGCUUAAGCUGUCACCCCACAGCAGGUAACAAAGAGUGACUGUUUUGUUCAGCCGGAUUAACCGGCUCUACCACUGUUGAUGUAAGAGCGUGGUUUUCCUUUGCCAUAUUACAACAUAAGCGUAUAUUCUUGGUGAUUUCUAAUUAAAAACAAACAUGUAUUUUAGUAAAAGAUUUGGUGUCUUUUAAAUUUCAACAGAGAGAAUCACUUGUAUUGCUUCCACUGUGGGUGAUGGCUGGAAGCUGCAUGAAAGAAAACAUCAGGGAAAUAGCCAUUUCAUUUUUUAUUAAAAUUGCAUAGUGUAGUGGUUUACAUAGCUCACCCUCAUGCACCUGCCGUGGCAUUGUGUUAAAAGGUCACGACACACUGUUGGUUGAAAAUAAUGAAAUGAAUGUGACCACAGUUGUGUAGUGGGUCACAUAUGUGAUUUAUGCCGCUGGCGUGGGAUGAUAAAGUUCGUAAUAAAUGUCAGGGGAAAUGCUAAUGAUGAUUAUGGGACAACUGGUACUGUAGUGGUUCACAUCGGUGACUUUCUUGCAUUUGACAUGUGAUCGGGCAACAAGGUUUGUAACUGGAGCUGUCGAUCGAUUAAAAUAUUGAAUCGAGAUUAAUCACAUCUUGUUCAUAGUUAACUUGCAACGAAUCACACUUAAUCACAGCUAGAAAUAUGUUUUUUUUCUAUAAGGAUGUGAAUCUCUCAUUUUAUGUAAAGGGAUGUAAAUUUGGGCAUUACUUUAUUCAAAAAAGAAUCUUCAUUUAGAAAUCCCCCAGUUUUUGCAUGUUUAAUCCGAGCGGUGUUUUGUGCCACUUUAACAGUCCUUGAACACACUUUCUGUGUCCCACGCAGUACACACUAUACUAUACUGUAUUUUUACCCUUUUUCUUUCACCUCAUAUUUGGUCCCAAAUGGGGACACUAUGUGAGAAUGCAUAAAAGAGAUAAGAUUUGAUGACCAUACUGAGUGCUUAUGUACAUAUUUGGUCAGUACACAACCUCUCUGAAAACAAGUCCUGGCUCAUACUGCUGGAUGGUGGCUCUGUAUUCAUUUUGUGCUUUAAAUUUGAUGUUGUUCCUGUCAUAGUUUUACACAAUACAUAAUAAGAUAAAUU